AUGACCACAACCUUUCCACGAACUAUGGGUUAUGGACUGGGGGGUAGCCUUCAGCGCGGGACGUCGGCUUUUGGACCAUGGGUGACUUCAGACCCUUACGACUAUCCGCUACGUGACCAGACCAUGACGAGUGCACCAUCAUUUCCACCGUUUAAAUUUGAAUCUCGACGUGCACGUAUUGAUUGGCGUCUGCUACAUGGCAUCGACAUUAACGCCAUGAUGCGUGACGUGGAUCUCGACACACUGGAGAAAAUUGUAAACAUAGUCGCGUUCGGCGACAUAGAGGCGGAGGACACGCGUCAUCUUACGGAGCUCAAUUUCAUCAAAAUAUUCCGGCUAUCUCAGAUGAUGAUUGAGUAUUUGCUAUACGUGCAGGAUUGCCUGCAAAACAGCAACGCAUGGCUCCAGCAGGACAGGUCCAACAUGGACAAGUACGUCCAAGCGGCACGUCUGCGGAUCCGGGAGCUGGACGCAAACCUGAAAAUGAGCAAGCGGGAGCUGCGACGAAGCCGCAAAACCAUAAAAACCUACGAGCUGCUGGCCGUACUUAAUGAUGGCAAGGGCGCCGCCGCCACAACCGCUGCAGCAGCCGUGUCGCCGCCGGCCCCACCGCCGCCGCAGCCCCAGGUGGUGCGGGUGGAGCCAAACCCGGUCAAUCUUGCCAUGGAGGCCUUAUUGCGCAAGGAGCUGGCGGCGCUGGGAGAUCGGCUCGGCAAGGCGACGCUGGAGUGCCAGACGCUGCGCUCCGAGCGGGAUGAGCUAUAUCAGGUUUGUGCUGCUGAGGGGGCCGUGAAAGAUCUGGAGGCGACGGUCAAGGCGCGCACUCAUACGAGCGGGACGUCAAGCCCCCACGCCUACUCGCGGCAAAAUGCGGAAGCGCUGCAGGCCGUACAAGGUUUCCAGGACCAGCUCAAUAAGGCCACAGUGGAGAUCACCAAGCUCCGGAACGAGAAGGAGGACCUGACAGCGGAGCUGGAGCAAGCCAACGUGGAGCGACGACAGCUGCAGGACGAGAAGAGCCGGCUGCUGUCUGAGCUGGCAAGCAGGCCGGCGGGUCCCACGGAAAGCCCGCGCGCCAGCGAAAACCUGAGCAGUAUGCUGCUGGAAGCUGACCGCCAGAAAGCAGCGCUUCAGGAGCAACUGUCGGAUGCCAAGGCCGAGAUUGCGGCAUUGCAGAAGCAGCUCAUGAAGGCCAUGAAGGCCACUGCGUUAGGCGCCUUGCCGUCUUCCCAGCAGUCCGGCGACGAGCGGAUGCUGCGGGAGCUGGAGUCCGCAAAAGCCCAACUGGACAGAGAGCUCGCGGACCUGCGGCGGACAUACUCCGAGGACGUGCGGCAGCUGCAGGAGGAGCUGGAAGCCGCGCAGGAGAGAGUGGCUGCGGCGGAGCGCAGGCUUGCAGAGGUGCGAGCCGCGCAACGUGACGGGUCCGGACGCAUGAGCCCACCCCAGACCGGCGGGUUUGUGAAGAUAGUGGAGGAGCGCCGCAGCCAGCCUGAGGAUGCGGAGGACUACAAUGUUGACAGGCAGCGGGCUCUACUGGCAGAGUACGAGGCAACCAACGAGCGGCUGAAUCAGCAGCUCAUACAACUCAAGGGCGAAAGAAACGCGCUGGCUGGGGAGGUGGAGCAGCUGCGGCUGCAGCUCCAGAACCGGACGUCUCCGCCGCCAGGCGACCGGAGCAUAGGGCGUGAUUGGCGGACGGAGGAGAUGGAGCGACUGAAGGAGGAGCGUGAUGCCUCGCAGCGGCGUGUGCUGGACCUAGAGGACGCUCUUCGAGACCGCGAUGCGCUCAUUGAGCGGCUGAGAACCACAGUCCGCGACUUGCAGGCGCAGCUGGAAGCGGAGAGGAAGCGGCAGCAGGCGAGCAGUCCCGAUUCUGGACCGAGCCAUGUCCGGAAGCAGGUGAAGCACUUUGAGCGGCUGGCAGAUCCAGCCAAGGUGCAGUCGUCCUUCUCCUUCCCGGGCGACUCGCCUCCCGGCGGUGGCAGUAGCGUGGAGACGCCGACUUCCCUCCGGAAACCCGCCGCCUCGGACCUUCCGCCACAUUCGCCAAAGUCCCCUACGCGGUCGCCGACCAUUCUCGAGGAGUCUGAGGUCACGUCGUCGUCGGCGUUCUUGCCGCCGUCACCCCAGCAGCAGCGGCAGCAGCACGACCCGUCCCAGGGCAUCCGGUGGCUGCGGCGUAUUCCCCGGCCUAACCAAACCCAGGCCGCGGCCAUUCAACAGCAAGUCAUGCGGCAUGUGGCAGGGAUGCUGCCGGAAGGGAUUGACCGGAUGAUCCAAGACGAGAUCCGGGUUAUCUCCGAGAAUCCCUACGAGUUUGAGGGCGACGACGAGGAGCGGUUCAGGGCUAUGCUGACGUACGAGAUGGCGGAACGCAAGGGCGUUCUGUCUAUCUCGCGACACAACCUGGAGGACCUGGCGACGGCGCGCAGCCUGUUCACGGACCUGCUGCUGGCAAGAUUGGACGACGAAUUGGCACAGUACAGCGUGGACACGACCACGCAGUCCCUUAGCGACAAGACCUACCUGGCGUGCAUGCAAGAGCUGAGCUCCCGGAGGAGGCAGCUGCUGGAGAAAUUCCCUCGGGACGUCCAGGACCGCGCAGAAGAUUUGCGAAACUUCCUGAUGACGCACCUGGAGCUACUGAAGCGCGACGACGAGGCGCAGCGUCGGCUGCAGCAACAAGCUCAACUGCAGCAGCAGAUGCAGCAGCAAAAGCUGGAGCAACAGAAAAUGCAGCAGCAGCAGCCGUCGCAGGCGUCAGACAUGCUCGGUGCCGGCCACGAAGGGGAGGAGGAGGAGAUUCAGCCUGGUGCUCGGGUAGUGGCAGUGCCGGCCGCCGACGUUGGCGGCGCCGCCGGGCAACUGGCGCAGGUCACCUCCGGCGAGCCGGGGCGCUCUGUAUCCCUGGCGUCCCGCAGCCAAGGGCUUGCCGCGGCGGCGGAAGCGGCCGCCGCGCCACUCGCUACAGGCGCGGUGGUGGCGGCUUCACCAGCUCCGCGGCAGCUCCCUAGUUUCCCGUCGCGGCAGAACAGCCAGCGUAGCAGCGCGACGGGAGGUGACGCGACGGCCGUGGAGGAGCUGAGGGGCAGCCUGGCUUUGGAACUACUCAGCAGCUUUCAGAAUCACGACGGAGCGUACCUGGACAGGGCACCCACACCGGUGAUGCUGACACGGGAGGUCUCACCGGGCAGUCCGGAGCGGAUUACCUUGGGCCACGCCAAACCGAUGCAGGUGGUGGCCCGGUCAGGGCUGGGCGGGGGCGCGGCAGCGGCGGCGGCCGCGGUGGCGACGGCUUCACCGCCGAGCGGCAACAUGAACAUGUCUAUCAGGUCGGUUAAGUACCAGGACUCGGACUUCGAUGACGAUGAGGAGGACGUGACGCCGCUUCCGCAGCCCAAGGCCGUGCGGCGAGUGGCGGAUGACGAUGACGAGUACACGCUGACGGAGGACGAGGAGACACAGCAGGACAUGGGCAUCGAGGAAAGCGUAGAUUUCAGCACUGGUGCCCGACAACCCAUGAUUCUAAGGGCGCCAGCAGGGUCGCCUCAACAGCGCACCUUGGGCCCGAGCCGGCUCGGUGCGCCCCCCAAACCCGCCCAAACCAGGGGCUGGGCUACCGACGAGCCGCUGCAGGCGGCGCCAGCUAAGGCCAAGGCGUCUCCGCAGCCCAGCGAGGCGGCUGAGGUGGAGAUGUUGGACUCUAUCCAGUCCUUCGAUAACACCAACAGCCAGUCCUUGAAGCGGUCCCCCGGGGCCUGGGGCAGUCCCAGCGCCACACUACGGAAGCCCACCAUGCAAAGCGGCAAGGUCCCAUCGACCCAGGUGAGUGUGGCCAGCAGGCAGUCUGGGUGGAACGAGGCCAUCUCAAGCUUCACCGCUGGCAGCGGGACGGCAGACGAGGUGCAGGCUAUACAGGACAUCACGGAGUCCACGGAAUACAACAGGCCGAUGGGACGUGUUAUGAACCAGAGAGGACCCACGGGCGCAUCUCAGGAUUAUUCAACGGCGUGGAAGCAUUUCAAGCGACCUAUCUGA